AAAAUACAGAAAUCUGAUUGAGAUUCAGAUUCCAGUAUAUCAGUUCCCUCACUGUGUUUUGUGCGAAGGAUUCUGAACGGUAAAGUAUAUUCCAAUAAUGAAGCUCAAGCAAUUAGAAAGUCUCCUGGGUGAUCUUCAACAGUUCACCGAUCCGAAGGUGGAGCUGGAACAGUACCCGACUGGGCCUCACAUCGCAUCUCGCAUGCUAUACACUGCAGAGAAUUCUUUUGGAGAUGUGAGUGACAAGGUAGUUGCAGAUUUUGGUUGUGGGUGUGGUACAUUAGCUACUGCUGCUGCUCUUUUGGGUGCAGAACGGGUUAUUGGCAUUGAUAUUGAUCCUCAAUCUCUUGAAAUAGCAUUACUUAAUGCAGAGGAGCUAGAGUUGGACAUAGAUUUUGUUCAAUGUGAUGUGAAGAUGUUAGGAUGGAGAGGUCGUUUUAUUGAUACCAUUGUAAUGAAUCCUCCUUUUGGAACCCGGAAGAAGGGCGCAGAUAUGGAUUUUCUCCGUCUGGCUUUGAAGGUUGCUUCUCAAGCAGUUUAUUCAUUGCAUAAAACCUCAACAAGAGAUCAUGUGAAGAAAGCAGCCUUACGGGACUUCGAUGCAAGCAGUGCUGAGGUCUUAUGCGAGCUUCGCUAUGACGUACCACAACUCUACAAAUUUCACAAGAAGAAGGAGGUGGAUAUUGCGGUUGACCUCUGGCGAUUUGUGCCUAAAAGCAAUCAGGGACAGAGAUCAUGACCCUGGCGUUGGGCGACAUUUAGUAAGGGUUCAUGAGCGCGACAUUUAGUAAGGGGUUCAUGAGACUAGCAUUGAAGACUAUAUCAUUUGCCACCAUCUGACCUGUAGACAGAGGACUAUCUUUGUGACGAUUGAAUGAGAAAUCCUUGGAAUUGGGCUGAUGAGUAAACGGAGAUUAGGAGGAACUUUGAUGAAUAAAAGAAGUUAUGGUUGAAAUUAAAAUUUUCAUAGGUGAAGUGGGAAGUUCUUCAUGAUGGGUGAUAUUUGAAGUUCACUCUUUAAUCAUUUGAA